CGGUGGGCGGGCCCAGGCCGGGCGGGGCCGGUGGGCGCGGCGCCACGGCUCCUGGCUCCGAGGAGACGGCGGGCGGCACUAGGGGGAGCUGCUGGCGACGCCGCCGCGCCGGCCCCCCACGCCCGCGGCCCCGAGCGCCGCCUCCCCAGCCCGCGCCGCCGCGAUGGCGGAGGACAGCGAGUCUGCGGCCAGCCAGCAGAGCCUGGAGCUGGACGACCAGGACACGUGCGGGAUAGACGGGGACAAUGAGGAGGAGACGGAGCACGCCAAAGGAAGUCCCGGAGCAGACUUGGGUGCCAAAAAGAAAAAGAAGAAGCAGAAGCGAAAAAAGGAGAAACCAAAUUCCGGAGGCACCAAGUCAGACUCGGCAUCUGAUUCCCAGGAGAUUAAAAUCCAGCAGCCUUCAAAAAAUCCCACCAUUCCAAUGCAGAAGUUGCAGGAUAUCCAGAGAGCAAUGGAGCUGUUGUCCGCAUGCCAGGGCCCCGCCAGGAACAUUGAUGAGGCUGCCAAACACAGAUACCAGUUUUGGGACACCCAGCCGGUACCCAAAUUAAAUGAAGUGAUAACCUCGCACGGUGCCAUCGAAGCGGAUAAGGACAACGUGCGUCGGGAGCCGUAUUCCCUGCCGCAGGGUUUCAUGUGGGACACUUUAGAUCUGGGUAAUGCCGACGUGCUCAAGGAGUUGUACACGCUGUUAAAUGAGAAUUACGUGGAAGACGAGGAGAGCAUGUUCCGGUUCGACUACUCGCCCGAGUUCCUGCUCUGGGCUCUGCGUCCCCCAGGCUGGCUCCUUCAGUGGCACUGUGGGGUCAGAGUGUCUUCGAACAAAAAGCUAGUGGGGUUCAUCAGUGCCAUCCCGGCAAACAUUCGGAUUUAUGACAGUGUGAAGAAGAUGGUAGAAAUCAACUUUCUUUGUGUUCAUAAGAAAUUGAGAUCAAAGCGGGUAGCCCCAGUGUUAAUUCGAGAAAUAACCAGAAGAGUAAACCUGGAAGGUAUUUUUCAGGCCGUUUAUACCGCUGGAGUGGUUCUUCCCAAGCCAGUGGCCACAUGCAGAUACUGGCAUCGAUCGCUAAACCCCAGAAAAUUGGUAGAAGUGAAAUUUUCUCACUUGAGUAGAAAUAUGACUUUACAGAGAACAAUGAAGCUCUACAGACUUCCGGAUGCCACCAAGACUUCAGGCUUGAGGCCAAUGGAACCGAGAGACAUCAAGGCGGUUCGCGACUUAACCAACACUUACCUGAAGCAGUUUCAUCUCGCCCCGGUGAUGGAUGAAGAGGACAUAGCUCACUGGUUCCUCCCCCAGGAGCACAUUAUCGACACGUUUGUAGUGGAGAACUCCAGUGGUAAACUAACUGACUUCCUGAGCUUCUACACACUCCCCUCCACAGUCAUGCACCACCCUGCUCACAAGAGCCUCAAAGCUGCCUACUCCUUCUACAACAUUCACACCGAGACGCCCCUGCUGGACCUCAUGAGUGACGCACUCAUUAUAGCCAAGCUGAAAGGAUUUGAUGUAUUCAAUGCACUAGAUUUGAUGGAAAAUAAGACCUUCUUGGAAAAACUCAAGUUUGGCAUAGGAGAUGGCAAUUUGCAGUAUUAUCUGUACAAUUGGAGAUGUCCAGGAACAGAUUCUGAAAAGGUAAGUGAAGUUGACACACCCUUUAUAAACUUCAUACAUUUACCUAGGAAAUCCCAUACUUGCUUCCCUUAGGAUUGGUAAGGUGUUUUUUAGUAGCUUUUAAAACAUACAGAUCUGUUACACUAUAAUUUAUUUUUUCUUGCUUACCUGUUGUGUUUCUUCCCUCCCUAGGUUGGACUAGUAUUACAAUAGAUGGAUAUUUCUAUUUCUAGAACUCUGGCAUCAUCAUUUGUUAAUAUUCUAUUUAAUGAUUCCUGGAACUGCCAUUCCAAAGAAGAAUAAAAUAAAAGCACAACUUCGGCAAAAUCGAUGUCGUCGGUAACAAUCAGAAAAGAUGAAAAAACACCCAUACGUGACCAAUAGUACAUCUUUCUAGCUAGAAUGUUAACAUUCUUUUUUUCCACUGUUCACCUAUUUGUAGGAGGGAUGAAAGGGUACAAAGAGCACAUUCCUCGAAUUUUCAGACUUUUGGCUGUCUCCUGAUGAAGAGAAGGGAUUUUUCCUCUCUGUAGAAAAGGGACUGUUUUUCUAGGGACUGAACAGAAGUCACAGAAUUGUGUAAGCACAUCUUUGCUGUUGUGUGGAGACGAACUGCUGCAUUUCUUUGAUUAAGUGUUGGUCUGUUUGUCCAUGUAACAGAAUGAAGGAUCCGUCCGGCAAAUCGGUACUUCCCCACCUUGCACAGUGUGAUUGACAGCGUUUAUGGAACCGGGACGUGUGUAACUCAGUGAGGAGUGGGGGGUGUCUAAGUAUACAGUGAGAUCAAAAUGUACCGGGGACUAGUAAGUACAUUUAUUUCUCCAGGAGCAGAGGCGCCAAAUAAGUAAACACAUAGAUUUGUACUUUGAUCUUCAACAGGUCAGUGGAUUGGUUUCAGAAGCAAAGUUUUGUGCAAACACGGUCUCUGUGAGUCUACACCCAUGGCUGACUAGACUUUGCUGCUGCUGCACAUACUCGCUUCUUCUCGGCAGCAACAAGAGAUGUGAGGCAAAGAAAAUAAAAGCUCUAAAGCCAAAAGAAAUGCUCAGUGGAAUUUAUUAGUGCUAUCAGGACAUUGAUAGUUUGAAUGUUUUUAUUACUUAUGCAAAAUUGCACAUGUUCCUUUAUGCUGACUUUAAUUUAUCAUGAAAGCUGUCAUGCUAAUGGAAAAUGUUAUUUGUAAAUAAGUGUUCAUAAUUUUGUUACUGAUGGUGUUUUUAUCUAGAAUUUGAAAACCAGUUUUCUCAGUGUACAUAUCUACGUGCAUAUUAACUGCCAGUAGUCCAGGAGGGGGAAAACGUGAACGAGGCCACGUGGAAACUGGCUUUGGCUCAAAUACCACAAAGUAGAUAUACUUGUUCCUGCCUUUACUGUACCAGUGCCUAGGCUCUUCAGUCCAGAAAAAUUGCAUUUUCGACAAUAUGACAGUCUUUAUGUUGUAAGUGGUCAGAUGAAACUGGUCAUACCUUAUACCAGGCAGGACCUAGCAAACUAUGGCCCAUGAGCCAAAUCCAGCCCAUCACCUUUUUGUACAGCCCGUGAGCUAAGAAUGGUUUUUACAUGUUUGAAUGGUUCCGGGGGUGGGGGUGGGG